AUGGGUUGGGUUGAAAACACCAACGCCCGCGUUGCUAAGAGCUUCGUCGGCCGUUGGUUUCGCCUCGAUGGCUGCGGUCAUCCCCGCGAGCGCAAAGGCUCCUACUUCCUCACCGAGAUGCGCGCCGGCGUCACCACCUUCUUCGCCAUGGCCUACAUCCUCGCCGUCAACUCCUCCAUUGUCUCCGAGUCAGGCGGCACUUGCGUCUGUAAUGGCGGCGCCGAUGACCCCCUCUGCAUGACCAACCAGGACUACGCCCUCUGCGUGCAGGCCAUCAAGCGCGACGUCGUCACCGCCACCGCCGCCAUCUCUGCCCUUGCUACCUUUUUCAUGGGCCUGCUCGCCAACAUGCCCGUCGGCAUCGCCCCGGGCAUGGGCCUCAACGCUUACUUUGCCUAUACCGUCGUCGGCUUCCACGGCUCCGGUCCCGUCCCCUACAGGGUCGCUUUGACCGCCAUCUUUGUCGAGGGCUUUAUCUUCUUCGCUCUCGCCCUCUUUGGAAUGCGUCAGUGGCUCGCCCGUGCAAUUCCCGCCUCCAUCAAGCUCGCCACCGGCGCCGGAAUCGGUCUCUACCUCACGCUCAUUGGUCUCACCUACAGCAACGGCAUCGGCCUCAUCGUCGGUGCCCAGUCUACCCCUCUUGAGCUCGCCGGCUGCCACCCCGCCAACAUCGACCCCAAGACCGGCACCUGCCCCGGCUCCGACAAGAUGCGCAAUCCCACCAUGUGGAUCGGCAUCUUCUGCGGCGGCAUCCUCUCCGUUGUCCUCAUGAUGUACCGCGUCAAGGGCGCCAUCAUUGCCGGUAUCCUCCUCGUCAGCAUCAUCUCCUGGCCCCGCACCACACCCGUCACCUACUUCCCCUACACCGCCGUCGGCGACGACGCUUUCAACUUUUUCAAAAAGGUCGUCACUGUCCACCCCAUUACAAAGAUCCUAAACGUCCAGGAAUGGAACGUUAGCGAGUAUGGUGGCCAGUUCGGCCUCGCCCUCAUCACCUUUCUUUACGUCGACAUUCUCGACUGUACCGGUACUCUCUACUCUAUGGCCCGCUUCGCCGGCCUCAUCGACCCCGUCACCCAGGAUUUCGAGGGCUCCACCCUCGCCUACAUGACCGACGCCAUUUGCAUCUCUAUCGGCGCCGUCUUUGGCCUGCCCCCCGUCACGGCCUUUGUCGAGUCCGGCGCCGGUAUCACCGAGGGCGGCAAGACGGGCCUCACCGCCGUCGUGACGGGCUUUUGCUUCUUCAUCUCCAUAUUUUUCGCUCCCAUAUUCGCCUCCAUCCCCCCCUGGGCCACCGGCUGCGUGCUUGUCAUUGUCGGCUCCAUGAUGGCCUCUGCCGUGGUCGAUAUCAACUGGAAGUACCUCGGUGACGCCGUCCCCGCCUUUCUCACCCUUGCUCUCAUGCCGUUCAGUUACUCCAUUGCCGACGGCCUUAUCGCCGGCGUCAUGUCGUACAUUAUCCUCAACGGCUCCGUCUGGGUCAUCAAGACGAUCUCGGGUGGCCGCAUCGUCCCACCCAACUACGAGGAGCGCAGCGGCUGGACGUACAAGAUUCCUGGCGGUGUUCUGCCGCCCUGGAUGGUGCGACUGUCCAAGGGCGACAAGGCGUUUUGGAAAGACGAGCCGCGCGGCACGACGGCGACGCUGUCGACCAAGGAAGCCGACCUCACGUCGAAUAACGGCUCCGACCAGGAACAUCCCUCUCAGCCCCCGGCCACGACUAUUGUCGAAAACCACCCAAAACAGCAAUAG